AUGAUUCCCAGUAAAACCCACUUGGUGCCAGAUUUCAAACAAAUGGAAGUUAAAAAUACUGAUUCGCGUAUUCCUGAGAAUAAUGGUAUGCAAGGGCUUGGUCUAGCCCAGUAUGUGGACAACACUCAUCGCCACAGAGCAAAGUCCACUUCAACUGGUCAGAAUAUCAUACACAAUGUGUCACCACUUGACACUACCAGAUUUAAGCAUUUCAGUUUGUCACAUACUAGGCAGCUUGGUCCAACAGUUGAAGAACUGCAGCCAUCUGCAAAGGCAGCAUUCACGGACUACACAUGUCACUCGACCAGAGACCACACAUCCCAACCCACCAGGGACCACACAUCUCACCCGACCAGAGACCACACAUCCCACCCGACCCGAGACCACACAUCCCACCCGACCAGAGACCACACAUCCCACCCGACCAGAGACCACACAUUCCACCCGACCAGAGACCUCACAUCCCACCCGACUAUGGACCACACAUCACACCUGACAGGAGACCACACAUCCCACCCGACCAGGGACCACACAUCCCACCUGUCCAGAGACCACACAUCCCAACCCACCAGGGACCACACAUCUCACUCGACCAGAGACCACACAUCCUAA